AUGUCGCCCGGCAGAGAUGCGGUGAAUAUCAUUCCUGGUGCUCAUGCCAUUAAAAAAUCGGCCGCCAAUGUGGAAUGUUGUGCAUCUUGGCUGCGGGAGGGGGGCGGCUCCUUUUGGCUGCGGCCCGGGGUGUUCCUGGCUGGCUUGUCGAGGGCGCUGCGGCCGCGUUGCUCACCGCCUGGAGCCUCCGCUUUUACAGCCGGAAAAGGCAGCAGGGGAGCGGGAGGCCAUGUCCUGCCUUCCCCCAGGACAGCCCCCAACAACCACCGACCACCCAGCAAGCAAGUCACCAACAACCACGAACCACCACCCAACAGGGGCACAAAGCCAGGAACCAAGUCCUGCCGCAGAGCUGGAUGCCAACACUGUGCCCCCUGCGGGUUUCGGCCGGACUUUGACGGGCCCCAGGCGUCCCCCAUGGCCGGGGGCCGCAUUGUGGGGGGCACGAAGGCCCACCCUGGAGAAUGGCCAUGGCUGGUCAGCAUCCAGACCACGACGUACCACUUCUGCGGGGGAGCCAUCGUCCACCCCUGGUGGGUGCUCUCGGCGGCUCACUGUUUCCAGGAUGCGACCAGGAGCCGCAGCAUCAAGGUGGCGGCCGGCAGCAACUUCCUGGGCCGGAACAACGUCACCCGCUGGGUGCGAAGGAUCUUCUCCCACCCGCUGUACCACGCGAAGACCUACGACAACGACCUGGCCCUCCUCCUCCUGCAGGACCCCAUCCCCUACAGCCCCUACCACAGCCCCCUCUGCCUGCCGGACAGCACCAUCGUCCCGGACGACGACAUGUGGGAGAGCUGCUUCGUGGCCGGCUGGGGGCUCACCAAAGCCGGGACCAGCAAGGCCUCCUACACCCUGCUGAAGGCCCAGGUGGGAAUAGUCAGCUGGCUGCUGUGCAAGAAGUGGCUGCCUUCCCUGACCAGGAACAUGGUGUGCGCCGGAUUCGAGUCAGGGGGCCGGGACGCCUGCCAGGGAGACAGCGGUGGACCACUCAUGUGCCGCCCCCCCGGCGCCGGCGCCCCUCCGGCCUGGUACGAAGUCGGGGUGGUGAGCUGGGGCCGCGGCUGCGGGGAGGCCCGGAGCCCCGGGGUCUACGCACGGGUGUCCAGCUUCCAGUCCUGGCUGGAAGCCACGUCGGCCCAGGCCGGACGGCCUUUCCAGGUGCCUCAGAGCCCCCUGAGCCACGCCGCCGUGCACGGAGCCCCCCACCUCCUCGACCCAUGGCCCGAGGGGGGCGGCACAAGCCUGCAGGGCGCGCUGGGGCCCCCCUGGUCUCUGGCGGGGGCCGGGCUGGCCCUGGGGUGGCUGCUGCUCUGA